GUAUGUUCUUGGGAAGGAGAUAAAGUCUCGGUGUGAUUUCACGCCUCUGGCUCUCGCCUCCUCUCUGUGAACGUAAGUGACCUGGUCCGUGAGCGGUGAAGGAAUUCAUGCUGUAAGUAUGUAAAAUACUGCUGCACAAUGAGUGAGCCAGGGGUCUGUUUGUGGAGAGCAUCUUGGUGUGGUGGUCCUUCUCUACGCACGUCUGGCGGCGCCGGUGGGGCGCGUGGAUGGAAUCUGGCAUUGGCGGGCGGGAGCCAGGGGCUGCAGAGUGCAGGCUGGUGCAGACCUGGCCUGAUGCAGGCUUGCCGGGAGGUCCUCUCGCAUCUGAUUCUUACCCCGCAGCCCUGAUUCAAGUUGUUUGAUUUCCCAGUAAGAGAGAACCCAGAUUAAUGACAUCAUCUAAGAUAAAAUUCCCACUGCAUCUCCAGGCCAUGACUGAGGAGCAAGAGAACUCAUGUGAGAUACGACGGAGGAGGCUUCGGGACUAGGGGUGUCCUCUCAGUUUACAGACAUUUGACCGGAGGCCUCUGCAGGGCAGCAGAACGGAGAGGAGUCGCAGAACGGAGCCGAUUUUCCAAGCCGCAGAAAAUGUUCAAGUCCCAGAUCUCGUUUGAGGAUGUGGCUGUGGACUUCACCUCAGAGGAGUGGCAGCUCCUUAAUCCUACUCAAAAGAGCUUGUACAGAGACGUGAUGUUGGAGAACUACAGCAAUCUGGUUUUCUUGGGUUAUCAAAUUAUCAGACCUGACGCGGUUUUCAAGCCAGAGCCGGAAGAGCCGUGGGUCACAGAAGCAGCCCCGCGUCGGGCCGCGGCAGGUGAGAGGCACCCGUGUGCGGGGCGUCCGGUGCCCGCUGGAUCACGGCUUUCUGACGAGAGCUGGGAAGAAGUCUGGCUAGAUAACAGUCUCAAAAUGUGGCACCAGGAUAAUCAAGACAAGCUUAGAAGUGUGGAGAGAGGCCAUGAAUAUGAUGUUUUUAGGAAAAUAUUUCAUUCAAGCAUUAACUUUGUUCAUUUAGCAAUGAGACCCCAUAAAUGUGGCUCAGGUGAAAAAAGUUUGAAACAUCCUUUUGAGUUUCUUAUUCCAAGAAAUAACCGUGGAAGAAAGAAACCUGAUGAGCUCAAUAAGAAAUACUUAUUUUAUAUCAAAGCUGAUAGAACCCGUGGUGGAGAGCCAUACUGUGAUUGCAGUAAAUGUAGGAAGGCUAGCCAGACGGGGUCAUGGCCCCGUGCAAACCACAGAACACACACAGGAGUCCACUUGUGCGUGGACUGCGGCAGCGUUUUCAGUAAGAAGUCACAGCUCGUCGUCCACCAGCGGACGCACACGGGAGAGAAGCCCUACGGCUGCAGCGACUGCGGGAAAGCCUUCUCCCAGAAGUCCUUGCUCACUAUUCAUCAGAGGACGCAUUCGGGAGAAAAACCAUACGGGUGUGGAGAAUGCCAGAAAGCUUUCAGUAGGAAGUCCCUGCUCAUUUUACACCAGAGGACGCACACGGGAGAGAAGCCCUACGGCUGCGGCGACUGCGGGAAAGCCUUCAGCAGGAAGUCACAGCUCAAGAGACAUCAGAGAACCCACACGGUGGAGAAGCCCUACGGCUGCAGCGACUGUGGGAAGGCCUUCUCGCAGAAGUUCAAGCUCAUUACCCACCAGAGAACUCACACUGGGGAGAAGCCCUAUAACUGCAGUGAUUGUGGGAAAGCCUUCUUCUGGAAGUCACAGCUGAUUACGCAUCAGAGGACUCACACAGGCAAGAAACCGUAUGCCUGUACCGAGUGCACAAAAGCCUUCAGCAGGAACUCACUGCUCAUCAGGCAUCAGAGGAUCCACACGGGGGAGAAGCCCUACGAGUGUGGUGAGUGUGGCGAAGCCUUCAUCAGAAAACCGCAGCUCAUCAAGCACCAACUGACGCACACGGGAGAGAAAAACUAUCAGUGCGGUGACUGUGAGGAGGCGUUCUUUAAGAAGUCAGAGCUGCUCCGCCAUCAGAAGACUCACUUGGGGGAGAAACCCUACGGAUGUGUUGAAUGUGGAAAAACCUUCUUUGGGAAGUCGCAGCUCCUAACACAUCAGAGAACUCACACUGGCGAGAAACCGUAUGAAUGCGGUGAGUGUGGGAAGGCCUUCACCCAGAAGUCCAGCCUGAUUUCACACCAGAGGACACACACAGGGGAGAAGCCCUAUGAGUGCACGCAGUGUGGGAAGACCUUCAGUGAAAAGUCAAGCCUCAUUCAUCACCAGAGAACCCACACUGGAGAGAAACCCUUCGAAUGCAGUGAGUGUAGGAAAGCUUUUGCCUGGAAGCCACAGCUUCUUAGGCAUCAGAGAAUUCAUACAGGGGAGAAACCCUAUGAAUGCGGUGAGUGUGGGAAAGCCUUUGUUCAGAAAGUGCAGCUCAUUAAGCACCAGAGAAAUCACACAGGAGAGAAAACCUACGGGUGCAGUGAGUGUGCGAAAGCCUUCUUUGAGAAGGCACAGCUCGUUAUCCAUCAGAGAAUUCACACAGGGGAGAGACCCUAUCAAUGUGGUGAAUGUGGGAAGGCUUUCACUAGAAAGUCUCACCUUAUGAGGCAUCAGCGAAUUCACACGGGAGACAAAUACUCUGGGUGCGGUGAGUGUGGGACCGCCUUCCGCAGGGAGUCACAGCUCACGCUUCACCAGAGGACUCACGCACUCUAGAAACAUUGGCGUGGUGCUGUGAACGUGGGAAAUCUGGCGUCCAAUGUCGCCUUUUGACGUGUCCAAGGACACACACAUGGGAGCAAUCCCGUCAGUGCACUGGGAAGGCAGGUCUCACCCAAUUCAGAGAGGGAAUUUGUUUAAGUAGACAGCGUAAGGGAGCCUUCUCCCGGAACACACAGCUUAUCACCCAUUGAUGACUUAACGUGGAAGUCUUAGCAGUAUCGUGUAGCAGACCCUGUAGUCAGAAGUGACAGCUCAUUGUUAGAGGACCUACACUCGAGGGGAAACUGGACUGCUGUAAAAACCAAGCGAGAGGUUUCAUCAAGAAAGGGUAACUCACAGUACACUAGAGGAUAUAUACACAAAGGAAAUGCUGAAUCGUCUGGACUGGAGAUUUCCGUAUGGAGGAGAGGUCCUAAUGGGAAGAAGUUUUAUAAGCACGAUCCUAUUGAAAGAAUUCUACAACAUUGUGUUUGUUGUAUAUAAGUUGUUAUGAAAAUGGUUAUUUUAAAAUGGUAGAUGUGUUUUAAGUAUGAAAACUUCUGCUUUCUGCUGUGUUGGUCCGGCAAGAACCAGACUGACUCCCCUGCCUUCAGCAGCUAGAAACUGUAAAAUGUAUGCAGAAGAAUGGUUUAGAGACCGAUGGCAAGCAGGUGUCUGUGAUCCCCGGCAGACCAUGGACAGAGUGAGGUGCGCUCCCAGGCUGCCGUUCCGGGAAGGGAACACAUGCGGUCUUGUCGAAGAGAGCUGCUGACUUGGCCUUUGGAGAGGCCAGAGUAGCUAGAAUUUAUAGGGAGAGGAGGGGAGAGAGCUUUCUAGAGAGAGGGCUGCAGAAACCUACAAGGAGUCCCCUUGAGUCUUUUGGCUUAGCGCUGAUUGGCAUGUGUGUGAAAGGAAAAGUCGUGCUGGAAAGCAGGAGGCUGAACAGCUCCCAGAAAUCAGUGCCAGGCUGGGAGUAAAGUUCCCGCCAGCUGGAGUGGAAACCGCUCUGAACAUGUGCGGCAUCAGGUAGGAUUCCCAGCAGACUAUGAUCUUGUGAAGGAACUAACCCUAGAGUCAGAGCUGCUCAGAACCCACAAUGUCUGGCAUCCAGAAACUUCCUGACACGCGAAGAAACUAUGAGAAUACAACUUGUAGCCAGGACAAAAAUGAGCCCGUAGAAGAGACAUAGAAGAGACUGAAGCAGUUGGCAUUGGAUAAGGGUGUUUGACUAGCUUUUAUGAAUUAGAGGAAAACAUGAACGUGAUAAGACCUGAAGUGGAAGGUGUAUUUUCAAAACCCCAAGUGGAACUCCUCAGGAUGAAAACAGUGGUAAUCUGAAAAUUAAAAACAGAAACCAACCAAACAAAAAAACCCACACCAAUAACCAAAAAACCCAACUCUGGAUGGAAUUAAGAACAGAUGAGACACAGAAGAAGAAAAAUCGAUGAAUUUAAGUAAGAAUUAAAA